AUGCGGAACUGUGGCGUGUGCCACAUCGGUCUGGCUUUUGACCCCACCUCACUGGACGCGUAUGCUGCUGUCAGACAUAGAACCAGUGUUCCGGGAUUGCAUAAUACCUCGCCGUUACCCGAAUUCGGUUCCCUGCAUCAAGCUGAUUCACAUGUUUCCUGUGAAUUUGCCCACCUUGCCAAUCCCCGUUUGCCAUUGAUCGCCAUCUGUUAUCACUUUAAUGUCACAUCGGACGAAUUAAAAGAGUUUCUGUUGCGACCAAAUACAAGCAAAAACGUCCCCGAAGAUCCGAGCUCACAUCCAGCCGUGCAGUUGUGUUCCAAAAUGGAAGUGAUCUUCUCAGACGAUGGUGAUGAAUAUGCCGGACAGCCGGAUACUACUGCGUCAGCUCCAUUAGAUGGUGCGAACAGUUAA